GUUUGUCUUUACUCGGCCACCGUCUCGUCAGCGUUACGGAGUAUUUUGUCCGCCUGCCGCCGCCGUCCCAGAUAUUAAUCACGGAGUUCCAGGGAAGAGGAACUUGUGAUAUGGGGGAGUCGGGAGGUGUUGCCGGCACCAUGGAGUCACCUUUUAGCCCGGGACUCUCUCACAGGCUGGAUGAAGAUUGGGAUUCUGGCCUGUUUGCUGAACUCGGUUAUUUCACAGACACUGAUGAGCUGCAAUUGGAAGCAGCAAAUGAGACGUAUGAAAACAAUUUUGAUCAUCUUGAUUUUGAUUUGGAUUUGAUGCCUUGGGAGUCAGACAUUUGGGACAUUAACAACCAAAUCUGUACAGUUAAAGAUAUUAAGGCAGAACCUCAGCCACUUUCUCCAGCCUCCUCAAGUUAUUCAGUCUCGUCUCCUCAGUCAGUGGACUCUUAUUCUUCAACUCAGCAUGUUCCUGAGGAGUUGGAUUUGUCUUCUAGUUCUCAGAUGUCUCCUCUUUCCUUAUAUGGUGAAAGCUCUAAUAGUCCCUCUUCAGCAGAGCCACUGAAGGAAGAUAAGCCUGUCACUGGUCCUAGGAACAAGACUGAAAAUGGACUGACUCCAAAGAAAAAAAUUCAGGUGAAUUCAAAACCUUCAAUUCAGCCCAAGCCUUUAUUGCUUCCAGCAGCACCCAAGACUCAAACAAACUCCAGCGUUCCAGCAAAAACCAUCAUUAUUCAGACAGUACCAACACUUAUGCCAUUGGCAAAGCAGCCACCAAUUAUCAGUUUACAACCUGCACCCACUAAAGGCCAGACGGUUUUGCUGUCUCAGCCUACUGUGGUACAACUUCAAGCACCUGGAGUUCUGCCCUCUGCUCAGCCAGUCCUUGCUGUUGCUGGGGGAGUCACACAGCUACCUAAUCACGUGGUGAAUGUGGUACCAGCCCCUUCGGCGAAUAGCCCAGUGAAUGGAAAACUUUCUGUGACUAAACCUGUCCUACAAAGUACCAUGAGAAAUGUGGGUUCAGAUAUUGCUGUGCUAAGGAGACAACAACGUAUGAUAAAAAAUCGAGAAUCUGCUUGUCAGUCUCGCAAGAAGAAGAAAGAAUAUAUGCUAGGGUUAGAGGCGAGAUUAAAGGCUGCCCUUUCAGAGAAUGAGCAACUGAAGAAAGAAAAUGGAACACUGAAGCGGCAGCUGGAUGAGGUUGUGUCAGAGAACCAGAGGCUUAAAGUCCCUAGUCCAAAGCGAAGAGCUGUCUGUGUGAUGAUAGUAUUGGCAUUUAUAAUACUGAACUAUGGACCUAUGAGCAUGCUGGAACAGGAUUCCAGGAGAAUGAACCCUAGUGUGAGCCCUGCAAAUCAGAGGAGGCACCUUCUAGGAUUUUCUGCUAAAGAGGCACAGGACACAUCAGAUGGUGUCAUCCAGAAAAACAGCUACAGAUAUGAUCAUUCUGUUUCAAAUGACAAAGCCCUGAUGGUGCUAACUGAAGAACCAUUGCUUUAUAUUCCUCCACCUCCUUGUCAGCCCCUAAUUAACACAACAGAGUCUCUCAGGUUAAAUCAUGAACUUCGAGGAUGGGUUCAUAGACAUGAAGUGGAAAGGACCAAGUCAAGAAGAAUGACAAAUAAUCAACAGAAAACCCGUAUUCUUCAGGGUGCUCUGGAACAGGGCUCAAAUUCUCAGCUGAUGGCUGUUCAAUACACAGAAACCACUAGUAUCAGCAGGAACUCAGGGAGUGAGCUACAAGUGUAUUAUGCUUCACCCAGAAGUUAUCAAGACUUUUUUGAAGCCAUCCGCAGAAGGGGAGACACAUUUUAUGUUGUGUCAUUUCGAAGGGAUCACCUGCUGUUACCAGCUACCACCCAUAACAAGACCACAAGACCAAAAAUGUCAAUUGUGUUACCAGCAAUAAACAUAAAUGAGAAUGUGAUCAAUGGGCAGGACUACGAAGUGAUGAUGCAGAUUGACUGUCAGGUGAUGGACACCAGGAUCCUCCACAUCAAAAGCUCAUCAGUUCCUCCUUACCUCCGAGAUCAGCAGAGGAAUCAAACCAACACCUUCUUUGGCUCCCCUCCCGCAGCCACAGAGGCAGCCCACGCUGUCAGCACCAUCCCUGAGUCAUUACAAUAGCACCCUGCAGCUAUGCUGGAAAACUGAGCGUGGGACCCUGCCAGGCUGAAGAGCAGGUGAGCGAAGUGCUGCUUUCUGCCUUGGUGGCAGGCAGAGAACUGUCUCGUACUAGAAUUCAAGGAGGAAAGAAGAAGAAAUAAAAGAAGCUGCUCCAUUUUUCAUCAUCUUCCCAUCUAUUUGGAAAGCACUGGAAUUCAGACACAAGAGAACAAUGUUUCUUCAGUGACAAAUGUAGCCCUGCAUCCUCUGGUGUUACCUGGUGUAGAUUUUUUUUUCUGUACCUUUCUAAACCUCUCUUCCCUCUGUGUUGGUUUUGUGUUUAAACAGUCAUCUUCUUUCAAAUAAUAUCCACCUCUCCUUUUUGCCAUUUCACUUACUGAUUCAUAAAGUGAAUUUUAUUUAAAGCUAUGCCGCACAUGCAUGUUCAAAUGGUUUCCACUGAUUCGAUUUUUCAUUCAUUUAAUGCAAACUCAUUCUGGAUAUUGUGCUUAUUUGAGAAAACACAUUUCAAAACCAAAACAGCCAAAAACACUCCAAAAACAGUCAAAACAAUUGGGAGCUUUCUAAAGGAAAAACUCCCAGUUGGUAAAGUUUAUCUUUACUUAGGAUUUGUGGCUCACACCUAAACAAAGGGGGUCAGGGAGUGUGUACAGAUUUGAGAAAAUAGAAGGGUAAGGGAAGGGCCAGUGGUGGGGUUCGAAGAGAGGAGAUAGCUCUAUUAAUACACAUGUUUAAAAGAUAGAAAGUUUGAUGUGAUUGCAGUAUGAGAUUAAAGCCACAGCUAUUGUUUAUUUUGAGGACUCUAGGCCACUAAGUAUUAGCACACAUACUUAUAUUUUCUCUUUACUAAUCUGGUAUAGGUCCUCAUGGACCACAGGACAAAGCUUUCAUUUUCAUUCAUUCUUCUAUUGAAAUUAUACCAAAAUCAGCUGAGGAACAUGGAAGUAACUUUAGACUUAAACAAGACAAAAGCUUUUUCACUGGAGAAUUGACAAGUAUUUGCUCCUUAAAACAAUCCCGAUUACUGAAUGUGGAUUCCUGCUGAGGGAGUGUAUCCCAUAAUAUGGCAAUGAUUUUCACUUUCUCGAAUGAAAAGACAGUGAAGGAAUUAAAUCUUUUGUCCUCCCAUGGUUAAAAAAAAAAAAAAGUUGUGUUCAUUUUUACUGUACUAUGCCUCUUUUUUCACCAUAGUAGACAAUUAUGUUUCAUUUGAUAAAUUCAUAGAAAUGGAUCUGAGACAGUGAUGUCCUCUCUAAUGUGCUGCCUUCAGUUUCUAAAGUGAGUCUUCCUCCCUCUCCUACAAAACUUCUCCAUUUUUUGGUGUAACUCAUCUACAAACACUGUUUCUUACCCCCAUUGACUUGCCUUUGUCAGAUUUAUUCUUGUUCCACACUAUAGCAAUCAAUUUCUCUUCUUGCUUGCAAGAAAGGGAAAGAGAAAUUAUAGCAACCUCUCAAGGAUUAUACAUAGCUAGUUAGUUUUCUGCCUGUGAAAUUAGGCCUGGCUCCUAAAUAAUUUUAAAGAACCAUCAGCACUUCUAACUCUCUGUACUGGUGCCUCUUUGUCCAAGCUAGUUAAAUGCUUUCCAAGGAAAUCAGUUCAACUUUUGUGAGCAGGGAAAAGAAGGGCUUUAUUGUUGUAUUACCUGGGAUUCUGGAGUUUGAAAAGUGCUAAUUAACCUUCCUCUUUUUGCACAUUACAAACAUUUUUAAGUCAGUGCAGCACUUCCCUUAGAUUUGGCUAUCCUGGGUGAUUUUCAGACAAGAACCAUUUUCCCUGGGGACCAUUCUUCUAAUGGGUGCCAAGGAAUAUAAGGCAAAUGCCCAGAAGACCUUCAGGUAACUGGGCAGUCUUAUCGUGGGAUAUUUCUCCUGCCCCUGCCCCUUCCUAUUACUGUAAUAUGAAUUAGCCACACCAGAGGCUGUGACCAUGGCUAGUAGACAGUGGCAACGUAGUCAUCCCCAAGCUGCUCAUUUGCUGGAACUGUCAUACGGUAUCAUGGUCAGUGUAAACCUGGUUUGUGUGGGGUGAUUAUAAAUAGAGUUUCCCUCCUCUCCGUGAUGUAGAAUCACAGGAGAAGGACCUAUCUCGUGGCCUUCUUCUUAGCGCUUCACUUUUACUUCAUCUCUCGAUUCCCAGCUUUUUCUGUGAUCAUUUUACCAACUCCUCAGAUGGAAGAUUUUGGUUAUGUCAUAUUCACCAACGUUAGUCCCUGUCUUCCAGGUGAAAAGGUGGGUAGCGGUUGGGAGGGAGUCUCCACUGAAGAGCAGGAAGGUGGUAGCAGGCCGGCAGCCCUGCCACAGAACUAGGGGUGCCUGUGAGGUGCCGCCCAGAGCAGCCUGGGAGCUUUGCCUUCUUUUCUGUCUCACUAGCCCUUCCGCUCUUUGUCAUUGCCUAUUCUUGAAUGGAUCUUUGAGAUGAGGGAACAGGAUUCUCCUAAGGGUAGAGUUUUAGGAAAUGAGUGAAAGGAAAUUGACAAAUGCAAAGAAGCAAUCUACUUUCUAAAUUGCUGGCAAAGCUAUAAUGAAUCCCUAGGCACAAUUGUAGUUUUUAUUUUAAUGUUUGUAUGCACAAGGCCCUUUAGGAAAUGAGAAGUUGCUAUGCCAGAUUAAUUUUUUUUUUUUUGGGUGGGAUUGCCUUUUGGGGGUUGCAGCCAGAAAUUAUGGGUAAUAAUGUGUAUUUUUUAUUUAUUAAAUUUUAAAUGGGAUUUUGCAAGCUUAUGAGACAAUUAGAUAAACUCAUGGAGGAGGCAGGUCCUCCUGUUAUUAGAUGAUUUUGUACUCUUUGGGCUAACAAUAAUGCAGUCUCGAGAAGUAAUGGUGGAGGCUGAUAGGAACAGUCUUUCUGCAAGUCCCAAAUUUUUAAGGCUUAAUGGAAGUAAGUGGAUGUUUCCUCAUGUUACCUACUGAGUCAGAUGUUAGGAGCUUGUCCCUUUGGGGUUGACUUAUGUCCAGCAGUACAGGGACACAGCUUCGUUAGAGUGUUAGUGUAAACUAACUCCAAAGUUAGGAGUCAAUGUGAAAGGAUCAACCUUGAAACAAAUCUGUUGUUUGCCAUGCUUGUAGUACAGAAAUUUCACAUUGAGUUUUGGGUGAGAUUUGUGUUUUCACAAGUAAAAAAUCCCCCAUAAAUAUAAAACUCAGACCAUAAUUAUAAAACUCAGAGCAUCAUCUAAUUUAAAAAAAAAAAAUGACUACAAGUUCCAGCACAAAACUGGCAUUUCUUUGCCAUUUCUUGCCAGUAAGAAGUAGACAUGGAGGUAUUUGAAAGCAGUGUUAUGUGAGUCAUUCUUAAGUGUUCCAAGCAAAGUUAGAAACAGACAAGGAACUUGGGAUUCAAAUUGAUUUUUCAAAUCAUUUUUUAAACAAACAUCAUCCUGAUUAAAUCCUCUUGGCCUGAACCUUCCUCCCCAGUGUGUAUUCCCCGGUAGUCACCGCGGCAAGAGGCUGGUGAGACUGCCGUGGCAGCAUUUAGCAUCGUUAAAACUGGAAAACUCUCAAGCUCUUUGCCACUUUCCUACUAUUUUUUGAUUCUUGCCAUUUUACUAAGCUCAGGUUGUGAAACUUGACAGAAAUGUAUUACAGGAAAAACUUGUAAUUGUAUUUGACUUUCUGACACAUUGCAAAGUUUCAAAGUGACUUUCACUUUCAACAACAUAUUAGAAGUAACCACUUUUGCUUUCACAGCCUGAAGAGCUAGAGCUGGAUCCGAUGCCCCCUUUCACUCUGAAGUCAUGGGAAAUUUUCCAGCCAUGAAAGCCCUCUUUCCACGGCAUACUAAUGGGCUGACUCAGCUUCCUUCAGCCAACUGAGAUCUUUUCAUUGGCUGUUUGCUAUUUCAUACCAAUUAACUAUUGGCUAUUUCAUACCAAUUAACCUCUUAAAUAAGAUUUUUAAUUGCCAAAAUUGAUAAACACUUAUUACCACCUGUGGACUCCAUAUUCCUUACCAAAAAUGUUAUUUUCAUCAGUCCUGAGUCGUUUUAACUUACAGAAAUUAGGAUUGUUGCUGCUAAUAUGAAUACCAAUUAUAACUUUUAAAAACAAGAAUAAAGCCUAAAAGAUAGAGAAUGAAAUAUAAGAAAUGUUCAUUCCCACCCCUAAUAACAUUUGGAAGUGAAUAUUCCCAUUUCCUUCCACCCACAGGGACUGGGAUUGAUUUUUAAUUUUCUAGGAAAUAAUACUGGACUAUCCAAAAAGAUGUUGCCAGAAUCCAAAAGGAACUAUGCUUGUAAAAGAAAAGCAGUUUUCUCCUACCUAAAAAAAAGAAAGUAAAGUGUGUUCUGUUCUUAUCUUUUUAAUGACUAAGCUUAAAACAGUUUAUUUUGGGUAAGACUAGAACUUUCGGCAGUUUGUUCUAAUAUCUGUGUUAUUAGAUGCAAUCGAAUUUAUGCAAAGAAGAAUGACAAAGGUAUCUGAUUAGGAAAUUUGAUCUUACGUAUGAAUCCAUGUCAUGGCCAGCCACUGUCACACAGUGGGUGCCAUUCUCAACAUAUUGGUUUGCUAACUUUAAGCAUUAGAGAUUUAGCACACUAAAAUACUUUUAAUUAUAUUAGGCUUGGUAACUAAGGAGUAAAUAAAUCAUAGUUUAUCAUUUGCCAAGGCCAACAAACAACACUGUUGUGCUGUUUGCUCUCAAUGAAGUUGAAUAAACCAGGAGGCUUGGCAUAUCCCCUUUAUGUUAAUCCCAGCUAGAGAUUAGCAGGUUGACUUUCACAGCAAUUGUAUAUUGGUCCAUUUUAACUCAUACUUGCCAUAAUUUCCAGGCCAGUCACCAGGACAGAGGAGAUGAUGGGGAAACAGAGCUUUAGAUGAAAACUACUAUGCACUACUAGCCUUUGAGGCACUGGUUUCCUGUUACCACUUCGGCAAGUAUGGCUGGUCUAAGUCCAGUAGGGCUUCAUCCAUGGAGCCAUUAGAACUAAGGAGGGAAUGUCAGAGAUACCAUUUCACCAGGAUCUUUUUGCUCAGGUUGUACCCAUGCCAAUUGAAGAACGUGUUAAAGAUGAGGAGAGAUGUACCAUUCUCUCCCUUAAUAAUGAUGUUGGUUUGCAAAACCUAAAGGAAUAAUAACAACAGACUAUUUCAUACUUUCAAGCAAGUCUUUAUAAUAUAAUACCUGUUAUUUCUCUAAAAUUCAAAUAAAGAAUUUUUAAACUUA